AUAACGAUGCAACGAUGGAUCAGGAACGUGGGACAGAUGUAGAUAGGUUAGCGGUUGCAGUAAAUCCGGAUGAGACUCCAUCGCAAGUUCGCUUGGAAUGUGACGAAGUGUUGCUUCACGGCUCACCCUGUAUUCCACCUGAUUAUGAUAAUAAUUCAACUAAUAUGCAAGUAGCACAGCUUCAGCAACGUGACGUUGGCGAAGAAGUUCCCAUGAUUGUUAGUUAUUGUGCAGAGAAUCAGGAUGGAAAUCAUACUCGUGACAGUCGUUUGAUGCCGGAACAAUAUGCCAAUGGUCUAAUUCAUCAGGAAGAGCAAAAUGUCAUUAAUUAUGUCACUGCAUCACAAUGCAUUCAAUGA